AUGUUUUGGAUCUCGAAGAAAAAAGAAGACAAAAAAGAAGACAAAAAAGAUGAGAAAAAAGAAGAAAAAAUCUCCGAAACAAGAAGAAAAGCGGCGCAAGCUCAAAACCAGCCAAAACCAUUAGUUGCCACUACGCCAACCCCAAAACCGACAAAUGUAAUAAAAGCGAAAAUUUAUUUUCCUUUCAAAAAUUAUUUUCAGCCGUCGGCUCCGCUAGACUUACGCGCUGAGAAACAGUUAAUGAAGAAGAAAUAUGCCAACGUCGCUAAAAUCUCGACAAUUGAAGACGAUGAGGAAUUUGAAGUCGUUGAAAAGGUUUCAUUUUGCGGAUCCUGAAAAAGAAGUGAAAGAGAUAAAAUGUGUUCAGCAAUUUUAAAAGAACUUGAACCGCUGAAAAUCGCAUUAGAAAGGGUUUUCUAGAACUCUUGAAUGCAUCACUAUAAUUCAUGUCCAUUCUUUGAUCAAAAGUUUUUUAAAAACGAAAAAAUUCGAAUCAAGAUUUUAAAAUUUAAAAUUUUGAGCCUGCAUUCCGGCGUCGUGGUGCUUACCUCCUGCAUCACCUUUCACGCGCAUUUGCUUCGAAAAAUUUCGACUUGUUUUUUUAUAUCACAAAUACUUUUAAUGCCGUGUUCAAAGUAAUUUCCGCGAAAUUCAAAAUAGCCGUCAGAGAAAGAGAAAGAUAACUAAAUUUUGGAGGGUCAGAGACCAUUUUGCAUUUCGCGGAAAUUACUUUGAACACGGCAUAAGAAAUUUCCUAUAUUCUGCUAAGCUCAUGCCGUGUUCAAAGUGAUUUCCGCGAAAUGCAAAAUACACGUUAGAGAAAGGAAAAGAUCAAUAAAUUUUGGAGAGUCAGAGAUCAUUUUGCAUUUCGCGGAAAUUACUUUGAACACGGCAUCAUAAUCGUCCGAAAUGCUUCCAUAAUAAAACAAUGAAACGCUACUUUAUUUUCAUUUUUGCAAAGUUCGUUAAUAAAAAAAAUCCUUUUCAGGCCCGUCCGGCGCAUCCGAAGCUUUUCGGAAAGAACAAGCUACGAUGGAAAGAAGAUCAGGUUUUAUAUAUUUUUGCAUAAAGUUUAUUCUAUUUUUUUCUAGCCCGAUGAAUCGAUUGCUUCGGUUAAAGACGAUGAAUUUGAAGAUGUGAGUUCCUCAUUUUUCGCUUUCUUUCAGAAAAAUUAACUAACAAUUUUCAGCGCAAGUCGUCGAAGAAAAAUAAAAAGAAGAAAGAUGAAGAUUUUGAAAAGGUGGGGAAUAUACUUCUGUUAAAGAUAAAUAUUUUCUUUCAAACUUCAAAGCGGGUGUGAAACUUUUUAUUUUAUAGCAAAUCGAAAGUUUAAUUUUUCCCUGUCCUUUUUUUAUUGAAAACGGAGAACAAUUUUAAGUCCUUAUUUUAAAAAUUUUAAUGAUAAGUUAGGCUAUAGAGCCAAAAAUAAAAAAACUGCGUUUGAAAGCCUUUGUUGUGUACAUAAUAUCACUAGAAAUAGUGCGACCGGGCAGAAAAAAAAAAUAUUUCUCUGUGUUUUUUUUUUCAACUCGUGAUUUCUAUAAUAAUGAUCUGACCGGUGAGUGGAAACAGGUUAGACUAUCUCUGGAAUUCACUAUAACUUAGAGUAUUUUCAAUAAAACUUGUUCAGAUCAGCAAAGAUCCGGCGAAAACGCUGACAGCCGUCGAAAUAGGGCUGCUGAAGAAGAUUGAGAUCCUGGAGAUGGAGAACACGGCCCUGAAGAAGAAGCUGAUCGAGGUGCAGGACCAGGUCAAGAUGAUGACCCGAGCUCAGGAGCCCAACUCGAGGGAAGACGCCGUCGAAGAGCCUUGCCAGGCCGAGUCCGAACCCAACGUCCAGCCGGUCAAAGCGUCGCCCUCCCCUCCCAGAAGCCUGCCCAUUCCCCUCUCGGCCUCUUCCGCUUCUUCUGGGUCUACUGUAACGGCAACUUCGCGUUCGAUCAGUUCUGCCAAGUCGUCCAACGAUGUAUGUCCUCGGAGGAGUUCUCUGCGGUGCAAAUCUCCAAAUUUCCCUAUCUUUUUCUUGAACUUUGCGACUUUGUUUUGAUGGAUUUAUACUUUUAAAAAUUCCCAAAUAAAAUGGAUAGGAGGGUUAUGACAUAAUAAAUGUGGGAAAAAUUAGAAAAAAACCGAAAUUCUGUAUUUUUCUGAAAAAAAAACUAAAUUUGUCCUUUGAUCAAUGUUCCGACUUUGGGUUCAAACCCAACGAAAAACUUUGCAAAUUGGUUUCAAAAUCGCCAAAAUCCUAUUUUUCUGGUCAAAAACCUUUGUGUUUGAGCGCGAAGUAACCAAAAAGAUGGCUCGGGAAAUGUUGGCGAUCAUGAGAAGGAACCAGGUUCUGGAAAGAGCUUUGCCGACUCGGGACAAUGUCGUUCUUCUCAACUUCUUCCGCGAAUGCAUUCCGCCUAACGAGAAGGUGAGAUAUUUUGAUCAUUUCUGUGAAUUGAUAAAAGUAAUUUUAAGUUUCGUUAGGAAUAGUCUUUGCAGAUUUGGUUGAAACUUUUUUUUUUUUGAUGGAUGUCCGUAUGUUAGUUGGGAUCUUUGAGCAGAUUUUCUAAAACCUUCUAGAGGUCACUUCAAGACUGAAUUUUUAGUCUAUGGUGUUAUCUAGAAAAAAUUCCAUUUCAAGUAUACCGAAAAAGGAUUCGUAUAAUCAAAAAUUGAUUUUAGGAUUUUUAAUCUUCGCUAUUUUUCAUUCCCUUCAUGGUUUCUUUGAUAAGUAUGGCAUUUUUUUGGUUUUGAUUGAGGGGUUUUUUUUUUCAAAAAAAGCUUAUUUGUGUUACAUUUUUUGUUUUGUUUUGUUGGGCUGUUUCUUUUUUUUUUCGAGACUUGUUAUGAGUCGUUUGCGAUUUAUUUUAGACCCUGAAAACGGGGGAAAUUUUCAAAUUAUUCUCUCUCAAAUAGAUCAUGAUCAUUUGAGCCUCUGACCAGCGAAUUUCGAUUCGUCACUUUUUUCUGGCCUAAUGGGUAAUCCUGCAGAUUUCGAAUCUGUUGGAGCUGGCGAUUAGCAAGGGAUUGGACGCCGUCACCACCAAUUCCACCAUUUUCGAUGACGUCGUCAGCGUCGAAAUGCGCAAUUUCAUACGCAACUCCAACGAGGUGCGUUGGCUAUAAAAACAGCUUUUCAAGGGUUAAAUUGGUCAGAUUUUAUCCCGUGUUCAGUUUUUACGGAAUUCCGAAAAGAGUGAAAAAAGUAACCAAUUUUUAGUGAGUCAGAGAACUUUUUUUCUGUCAAGUCACUUUCAACACGGCGUUAGAGUGUUAAAAAUCGACAUGAAUCGUUUUUCUUUUGUAGAAAAAAAAAGAGAUCCGUUUGGUUGCUAAAAAUAGUCCCAUUAACCAUUCUCAAAUCUCAAUAAUAACCUUGGCUAGCUUAAUGCCUGAAAAAUGUACAGAUAAGUGAAGUUUAGGGGAUUUUGUAGUUUUUUUUUUGCAAAAAUUUCGUUUUUCAAUUUUUGAAAACGAAAGUUUUCACGGUGUUGUCUCAAUCUCACAAAUUGAAAGAAAUAUUAAAGUUUAUUGAUUUAUUAUUUUUUGAUAUUUUCAUGAAACAUUGGCGCGAAAGAUACUGUAUCCUUGGGGGCGGAGUUAUUUGCUCAAAAUUCAAUAUUUAAACAGUAAUUUUUACUUUUCACUUUUUUUAGUCGAUCAAAACAAUGACGGCGAUGAUUCUCCAAUGUCCCGAGUUCAUUCCGGACGCCUGGGGCGGCGGGUUGGCCCUCACCAAAUUGAGGAGUGAACGGGUUGUUCCGACGGAUGGUUCUGACAGCUCUCCGAAGUGAGUCUGACACACAAAAAAGGUCAUUUUAUUUUGCGGUUGAAAGCUAAGUCUCCAAAUAACUGAUCUUAACAGAUUCUGAGUGUUUUCUUUUACUUUGAAGUCUCCUUUUUCAAAAGAACGUCAGGUUCUAACUUCCAGGAUCUUCUUUGGUACAUCUAGGAAAGGUCUGACCAAAUUUCAGGGGGUUCAUAGCCUCAAAGUAAAAUGACCUUUCUUGUGAGAUUAGAAGAAACAAUAGGAAUAAAGCUAUAUUUUUUCAGACAAAAAGCAGGAUCGACGACGGCUGCACAGCCGCAAGUAGCUGUGAGUGUGAUUAUCCUCAUUUCUCAUUUAAUUUGGAAAAAGAGGGAAGUUUCUGAAGAUUUCGAACUUUUUUCAAGGGCGAUUUUGGGAGUUUCGAGUUACUCUGUUGAUCUUCAUUUAAUGAGAAAGUGUUUUUGAAACGUGUCUUUUCUUUGAAUUUGUGAAACCGGAAAGUAUGUUAAAUCUUCUAAAUAUUCAAGCUUCUUUUUCAAACGUUUUCUCUCUAUUCGCUCAAAAAAAUUUUAUGACUUUUUUUUGGCUUGUUUAUUUUCAUUGUCUAUGAAGGCAGUAGUAUUUGAUCCAGUCGCUGAUUUUUUAAUUUCCUCUCUUUUCGGAAUUGUUCGCGUUUAUUCGAAUUUUUAAAACUUUUCUGGAUUAUUCCAAGACGAAUCGAUUGAUUUUAGACAUUCAAUUUAAUUUAGGCUCUUUAUUUAGACCCUGAAACUUAAGCGGAUAUUAUCAGAAAAAUCCCCAAUUUUUCCAUAAUUUUUUCCAGCCCAGUGCCGAAAAAGACGAUUUCAAUCGAGGCCGACGUGUACUCAAAUCCAAAGCGCCGGACUAUGUGAGUUUCAAAAUAAAGUUCCAUUUUUACUCGUGAAAAAAAAUUCAGUCGCCAGAAUCACCUUGGACGGAGAUGGCAGAGAAGGCUCUCAGUGAAGUUUGUGAAAUUAUCAUUUCUUGACAAAAAAUGAUAUUUUUCCAGAGCAAACGGGCAAUGGUACGUAGGAUUGGAAUCCUGUUUUUUUCUUUUUUUUUUCCAAUAUUUUUUUACAAAAAUUUAUCUGAAGUCUUGUAGGACUGUAAAGGACAUUUAUUUCAAAAAAAAAGAAUUCUUUUUUCAGAUUAAGUUAUUAAUCUCUGUCGAUGAUAAUGAUUGAUAAUAUGAAAUUUGAAGCAUCAGAAAAGGAAUAUUUUCAAUUUAAGGAAUUUUAGAAACAACGAAAAACGUCAAAGGAGCCAACAAAAAAUGACAUCAAAAACCUGUUUUGCUUCGAAUCUUCGAAUUUCUCUCUCUGAGCUCCUUCCUUUCAUUUUGAACUUUGAUCCGAAAACGAUUCGAUUUGAAUGGUGUAAAAUGUUCGUUUGUGUGUUCCAUUGUUGCGAUGGGCGACACGGUUUCCGAUUUGCAUUUUGCGAGUUUUCCUCCCUCACCGCCCCAUCGGAAUUAUCUGAUUGUACUUUCAGCGGCCGACUUUAG